AUGAAGGUCCGUCGUCAGCUUGCCGCAUACGACGCUUACCACGGCAGCACGACGUACGACCUGGUAGAUAUCGGCGCACUGAAUGAUGUCUUUCAAAAGGUGGCAGUCUGCAAAGAAUGUCAUAAUUUCCUGACGAUUUCGGUGGUCAAACGUCAAGGAGUCGCAAUCAAAGUCAAUAUCAUCUGCAGCUUUUGUCGAAAUAAAGCGACAUACGAGAAUGCAGAAAGAAUUCGCCUUGAAGGGGAGAGCCGCCGAGCUUGGAACCUGAAUGUGCGCAUCACACAUGCUUUCAGGAGCAUCGGGAAGGUUGCGUCGGCAAUGAAGAUCUUUUGUGGCCUCAUGGACAUGCCGAACGCUUGUCGUCACUACGAAAAAUUCUGGGGAAUAUUGAGUAAAAUGGCGGAGAGAGUAUGUACGGAGUCGAUGAAACGGGCGGCGGAGGAAAUUGUUAUCCUGAACGAUGGAUCCACCGACAUUGCGGUUGCCCUCGAUGGCAGCUGGCAAAAACGCGGCUUCACGUCUCUGAAUGGGCUGGUUACAGCGACUAGUUUCGAUACCGGCAAAGUUCUCGACGUUAGCGUUCUCUCCAAAUAUUGUCGUUGUCCUGGCAAGAAAUCCAAUGUUCACGGCGAGAAGUGCUUCGCGAAUUUCCAGGGUGUUAGUGGAGCUAUGGAAGUGGAAGGAGCCAAAGAAAUCUUCCGACGGUCAGUGGAAAUCCACGGUAUACGCUACGUGAAGUACCUCGGGGACGGCGACUCCAAAGCUUACAGAGCCGUUUCACCCGACGAGCCGUAUGGGAGUGAAUUGAAGAUCGAAAAGUUAGAAUGCGUGGGGCUCAUUCAGAAGAGGAUGGGUACACGGCUUCGGAAAUUGAAAGCAGCUUUCAGAGGUAAGAAACUUGAAGACGGAAAACCGAUGAGCGGGAAGAAUCGCCUUACUGAUGCAGUCAUAGACGAGAUCCAUUGCUUCUACGGAAAUGCCAUACGAAAAAAUACGAGCGAUCUCGAGAAGAUACGGAGGGCCGUUUGGGCCAUAUUCAAACAUCUCCAGUCAUCGAAUGAGUCUCCGGAUCACACUUCGUGUGACAUCUCCUGGUGUAAGUUUCUGCAAAACGCGGACGGAUACGAUCACAAUGAACAUCAGCACUUUCCUCAGUGCCUCAUCGAAGAGUUUAGAACGAUCUUCGAGGACCUUUCCGAUUCGAGCUUGCUCCGCAAAUGCCUUCACGGCAAAACCCAGAAUCCUAAUGAGUCUGUCAACCACCUCAUCUGGGCGAAAAUCCCGAAAACAGUUUUCGAAUCCCUUCCGAAGCUCAAGACAGGAGUCCACAUCGCCAUCUCUGAGUUCAACGAUGGUCACGUGGCUCUUUGCCGAAUUCUUGAAGCGGGUGGAAUCACACCAGGACCUUUGUGUGUUGGACCUAUGAAGGAUUUGGAUCUGAAAAGAAUUGCAAGAGCGGAGCGUAGUGCGAGCGGAGACGCGAAGAAGGACCGAAUCACGACUCGUAGACGCAAGAGGAAGCAUGAGGAAACGCUUGCAGAAGCAGAUCUCGAUGAUCCCGCAUACGCUGCGGGAGCCCACAGAAGACACCGAUUUUCAUUAGUAAAUCUGGAGGGUAAAGAAUUUAUGAACUCUGCCAUCACACUCUCUCUCGAUGGAACACUUCGCAAUAGUGUUAAUGGGAAGACAAUCUUCCCCUCAGUGAUUUCGAAAGAUCAGCUCUAUGCUGUGGAUAUGAGUUUGAUUUUUCCGGAUCUCUCAUCGCGAGGUUUCAUGGAGUUGAAACUCGAAAGUGAGAGCUUCAUGCUAAUGCUAGUGUUAGAGCUUUAG